CAUUUGGGGCUUUUUAGGGGGUCCUGGUACGCGCCCAACCCCGCUCGGGUCGGGAUGGCGGCGUUGCCUCCGCGAGAGUUCGCGGCGCAGGUGCUGCCCGGCUGCGUGGUGCCCACGGCGCGCCAGGGCCUGGCCCAGCUCUGGCCGCUGCUGCUGCUCUGCCUCGGGGCGCGGCUGCUGCACCGGCUGCCCCUGCCGCGGGGGGGGAAGCACGCGGGGGCGGCGGCCGGGGGGCUCCUGGCCCUGCACCAUUUCUUCGGGGCACAGGCGCUGUGGGUGGCCUUGCUGAGCGGGCUCUGCGUCCUCACCCUCCUCCUGAGCCGGGCCCGCGCCCAGAGAGGGCUCUGCCUCGCCCUGGCCGCUCUCAGCUAUCUGCUUAUGGGGGAGCUGCACAUGGUGGACACAGUCACCUGGCACAAAAUGCGAGGGGCACAGAUGGUGGUGGCCAUGAAGGCUGUGUCGUUGGGCUUCGACUUGGACCGGGGGGCCGGGGGGGCACAGGGGGAGCCCAGCCCUGCCCAGGUCCUGGGGUACCUCUGCUCUCCCGGCUCCGUCGUCUUCGGGCCCUGGGAGCCCUUCGGGGCCUACCUGAGAUCCGUGGAGGGGCCCCCCCUGAGCGUGGCCUGGGCGAAGAAGGGUCUGCGCAGCCUGGGGCUGGCCCUGCUCUGCCUCCUGGUCAGCACCUGCCUGGCCCCGUUCCUGUUCUCCAGCCUCUUGCCUCUCUAUGGGGCACGGGCCCUGCGCAGACACAUUGUCCCCCCCAGGGACCUGGCGGUGUCCCGGCCCCUGCGGGUGGAGCUGCCACGAUCCAUGGCUGAGGUGGUGACAAACUGGAACCUGCCCAUGUCCCGCUGGCUCCAUACCUAUGUGUUCCAGACCGCCCGGCGCUUGGGCACCUUUGCUGCUGUGCUGGGCACCUACGCGGCCAGCGCCCUGCUGCACGGCCUCAGUUUCCACCUGGCCGCCGUGCUGCUGUCCCUGGGCCUCAUCACCUACGCCGAGCACGCCCUGAGGCAGCGCUUGGCUGCCAUCUUUGACGCCUGUGUCCUGUCCAAGCGCUGUCCCCCCAGCUGCAGCCACCGCCACAAGAACACACUGUGGGUGUGGGUGCUGAACGGGGCCCUGGGCGCCCUGGCCCUGUUCCACCUGUCCUACCUGGGUGCCCUGUUCGAUGUGGAGGCUGAGGAUGCUGUGGAGGAGCAGGGCUACGGGAUGGCCUACACAGUGCGCAAGUGGUCAGAGCUGAACUGGGCCAGUCACUGGGUGACGCUGGCUUGCUGGGUGCUGGCCCGACUGCUGCGCUGAGGCUCGGGGAGGGCAUCAGAGAGUACGGCCGCUCCGCCAGGUCGGCGGCCGCUCCGCACCACCGGGAGCGCCUCUCGCCGCUCUCUUGCCGCCAUUUCUGGGGCGGAAGUGACGCCGCGCGGCCGCUCUGGGACCAAUAAAGCCUCGCCUCGA